AUGUUCAACCAUUGUAUGAAAGGAAAAUGGACAGGUGUGUGUAGAAUUCUUUAUAAGUCCUCUGCAUACUGUGCUCAACUGCAAAAAAUUGUACCGCAGUCUGGAAUAGGAAUAGAGAUGUCAAUGCCUCCAGAAAUUUCAUUAUAUUUCAACUUAUUUGGCAGCAAAUGA